AUGGCACCCCGUCAACCAACAAAGUCUGGCAAGGACAAGUACACCAUCAUUCUCCCUACCUAUAACGAACGCAAGAAUUUGCCUAUUGUUACCUGGCUUCUCGAGAAGACCUUUACCAAGCAGUUUGUCACCCGUAAUCCGAGCUCUAGCUAGAAAUUCUUUUAACAAUACGCGAACAAUAGCAAACUGGACUGGGAGCUUAUUAUCGUCGACGAUGCGUCUCCAGACGGCACCCAGGUGGUUGCAAAGCAACUAAUCUCCAUUUACGGAGCUGACCGUAUUGUGCUCAAACCGCGCGCGGGAAAGCUAGGUCUCGGAACUGCAUACGUCCAUGGACUUCAGUUCGCAACCGGUAACUUUGUAAUCAUCAUGGACGCUGACUUUUCCCACCACGUGAGUUCACAUAACGAUGGUAAAGCUCAAUGGAAGCUCACGAGUAUUAUAGCCUAAAUUCAUCGCCGAUUUCAUCGCGCUCCAGAAGACGAAAGAUUACGACAUUGUUACUGGGACCCGUUACGCGGGCAACGGUGGAGUUUACGGAUGGGAUUUCAAGAGAAAGCUCGUCUCACGUGGAGCGAACUUGCUUGCGUCUGUUGUGUUGAGGCCCAACGUCAGCGACUUGACUGGGAGUUUCCGACUUUACAAGAGAAAAGUCUUGGAAACUGUCAUCUCGCAGACGGAGAGCAAGGGAUAUACCUUCCAGAUGGUAUGGCUUCUGUCCUGUAUGGUAUGGUUCUAUCGCUGACAACCCUGUCUAUCAUACAGGAGAUGAUGGUUAGGGCUCGAGGUCUUGGUUACUCGGUCGCUGAGGUGCCAAUCUCCUUUGUUGACCGGAUCUAUGGCGACAGUAAACUUGGCGGAGAUGAAAUUGUAGAAUAUGCUAAAGGGGUGUUCAACCUCUGGCUCAAGGUAUAG